AUGGCAGGGCGCGGCGCCGGUGAGGAGAGCUGGAGGCGGCGGGAGACGCCGCCCCCGCCUCCGCCUCCGCUAGCGGCAGCAGCAGCCGCCUCCAGGAGGAGCGGGAUGCGACCGACCGGCGGGUGCCACCCCUGCUCGGGAACAAGUUACCUUGACCUGGACUACCUCGAACGGAGAGGCUCUGCGGACGCCGGCCGCCAUCAGGCCAGCCCUGAUGUCGAACAGAGUCCGGACUCGGUGGACCUCGUCAAGGUAGUGCUCCUGGGUGCCUCCGCUGUUGGAAAGACGUCCAUCGUGCAGCAAUUCGUUUGGGGAGAGUUCAGCGAAGACUACGUGGCGACAGAGCGCCGCCACACCUACUACCCGUCCGUGAUCAUCAAUGAGCGGCUGUACCGGCUCAAGAUCUCCGACAUACCCGUCAUCCCGUACUUCCCAGUGAACUCGUUCUACGAGUGGAGCGACACUCGUUUCUACGGCCUCAGAAGCGCCAGUGCGUACCUGCUGGUGUUCGACCUGGCGGACGCGGCGUCCUUCCAGUUCGCCCGCACACUUCUGGAGCAGCUGUCGGAGAGCCGCGACAUGGCUGACGUCACCAUCCUGGUCGUUGGCAACAAGAGCGACCUCCUUCCUGGGAGUUUGGACUCACCAGAGCGGGUCCCGGGCAGAGACCUGGCGCGUCCCGACUUGUGGUCCGAGGUUCGCGCCUCGUGGGGGUGCGGCUACGCCGAGUGCAGCGCGCGGCAGCGGGGGCAGGUGCUGGCCGUGUUCCAGCGGCUGAUGCGCCAGGUGGACCGGCUGCUGGGCGCGGCCGGCGCCACCUCGCCGCCCAUCCCCGCCUCCUACGGGCUGCUGGCCGCCUCCUCGCCGGAGGACGGCGACGCCGACGACGAGCGGCCCGAGCGCGGCUUCCUAGAGACGCCGGACGGCCGCGCCACCUGCCACCUGUUGUGA